GCUAAAAAUAACAUUUCUGUGCAGGGGCAGCGUGUGAAAAGAAAAAAAUAAUUUGAACUCAAUCAAAAUGAAAUUUGCUCAGUCCACGUAACAUCUCAGUGUGUGUUUGAAAGCCCUGUGAAGUGUUGUGUAGUAUUUAUCGAUUGGAAUGACGAUUCUCAGUACCAAUUGCGCCGUUUGCAACGUGGCUGCCCCACUAACCUGCACCCGCUGCAAGCUGGUACGUUAUUGCAACGGGGAGCAUCAGAAACAGCAUUGGCCAACCCACAAAACAUGCUGCAAGCCCUUCAAGGUGCAAAACGAUCCCCAGUUGGGCCGCUACUUGGUGGCCACACAGACUAUUCAGGCCAAGCAGAUUAUAUUCGUGGAGGAGCCGCUCGUUGUGGGUCCCAAAUGGUUUCUCACCGACGACGAGAAAUCGGCCAGCAUUGUGCCAUGCGUCGCCUGCUACACGCCCUGUCGCAUCAACAAGCAUCUGUGCCGCAGCUGUCGUUGGCCUGUUUGCAGCAUCAGCUGCGAGCAUGAAAAAUUAGAGUGCAGCAUUCUCAGCUUGGGCAGUCCACCCUCAGGAAAAUCGGAUGCACGUGGACUGCAUGACUAUUACAGACAUGAUGCGCUGCUGGUGCUCAAGUGCCUGUUGCUGCAGCGUCAACAUCCUGAACGCUGGGCAGCACUGCUGGAGAUGCAGUCCCAUGAGGAGGAACGCUUGGGCACAGAGCUGCACCAGGAGGCAGAGCAGCGCAUUGUUAGCUAUCUGCAGCAACGGUUUCUACAGCGCAUCAAGGCGGCAAAGAAUCGUGAGAGCCUGCUGAGUGAGUACAGUGCGGAGCUACUGCAUCGGCUGUGCGGCAUCAUUGAGACUAACUACAUGGUCAUCGAGCUAGCAACGGGCGUGGAGCUGAGCGGCGUCUUUCGGCAGGCCUGCAUGAUGGAGCACGCCUGCCAGCCCAAUUGCUACUUUCAAUUCGAUGCGGCCACGCAACGGAUUGCUGUGCGCGCCGGCUGCGAUCUGAAGAAGGGUGACCAUCUCAAGAUCACCUACACGAACAUCCUGUGGGGCACACAGAUGCGACAGCAUCAUCUGCGUAUGACCAAGCACUUCAAUUGCCGCUGUUCGCGCUGUGAGGAUCCCAGCGAGUAUGGAACUUAUGUGAGCGCCAUGCGCUGCCUGGGCGAUGUGUCCAAGUCGUGUGGCGGCAUCCAACAGCCCGUGGAUCCACUCGACGAGCAGACACAGUGGAAGUGCGACACAUGCCCGAUGCUUGUGGAUGCUGCCUAUGUGUCAGAGGUGCAGACCCACAUGACUGACGAGGUGGAGAAGCUGCUCGCUGGCCAGCCGACAGCCAGUCAGGUGGAGCUGCUGUUGGCGCGUCUCUCACAGCUCUUGCAUCCCAAUCACUUUCACAUGUUCAACUUGAAGCACACGCUGAUUCAGCUCUACGGACACGAACCGGGCCUGGAGCUGGCGACGUUGAGUGAUCUGCAGCUGGGACGCAAGCAGCGACUCUGCGAAGAGCUACUCAAUGUUUGCCAAAGCCUGGAUCCAUACAGCAUCAAGUUGGCCAUCUAUGUCAGUGUUAUUCUAAUUGAGAUUGCUCACACGUUCGAGGAGCAGGCAAGGCGGUCACCUGCAAAGGCAACAGCCCAGUUGGAGCUGGUUCGUUUGCGGCUGCUCGAGGCGCAGGAUGUGGUGGAAAAGGUGCAGGAUUCGGUGGCCGGCAAAAAGCUGCUCGAAAAAUUGAAUCUGGACCUCUUUGAGUAUGAUAAAUUGGUGCUAGCCAAUAGCCACAGUCAGAAUAGUCAUACUCAGACUGCUGUUUAACCAAAAUGAAUGCGAUUUGUUUAAAUUGAA